AUGUAGUACUUUCGACAGUUGCUUUCCCUGCUACAAUUAUGGGAACUGUGAAUUUUUCCAUUUUUUUAGAGACGAUUUUUAAGCAAUGUUUGUUAAAACAAAAAAGAUAUUAAAAAGUCGAUGUAACAAAGAGAUCAUUUCUUCUUGGUUUGACAAUGGAAAAAUGGCAGACGACAAUUUUGGCAAUAACCGCAUGAAUAGACGAGGUGCUAUCAAGAAACAACUCGUUUCUGUUGUCAAAGGGCACAAGUUUGUCCUGACCUUUUUGAAGCAACCUUCAUUUUGUGCUCAUUGUAAAGAUUUUAUCUGGGGCUUCCUGGGAAAGCAGGGUUUUCAAUGUCAAGUUUGUUCGUUUGUGGUCCAUCGUCGAUGUCAUGAAUUUGUAUCGUUUGAUUGUCCAGGAGCGGACAUUGAUAACACAGAGAGACCUGUUAGUCCACAUAAUUUCAAAGUUCACACGUACACAAGUCCUACAUUCUGCGAUCAAUGUGGCACCUUGUUGUAUGGCAUUAUACGCCAAGGAUUACAAUGUGUCGAUUGUCAAAUAAACGUCCACAAACGCUGCGCAGAUCUUAUACCAAAGCUUUGUGGUGCGGAUCACACUGAAAAACGAGGCCGUAUUCAUUUAAAUGUCGCUUUCAAUGGCUCAGACGGUCGAGGACUAUUAAAUGUUGAAGUGCUGGAAGCAAAAAAUUUAAUUCCAAUGGAUGCAAAUGGAUUGUCUGAUCCAUAUGUAAAGUUGAAACUCAUUCCAGAUGCAUCAACAACAAAACGAAAGACAGAAAUAAAGAAAAAAACCUUAAAUCCAAUGUUCAAUGAAAAAUUUCAGUUUACAAUUGAGGAGAGCGACCAUGACAAGAGGUUGUCUAUUGAGGUCUGGGACUGGGAUCGAACAACAAGAAAUGAUUUCAUGGGAUCACUGUCGUUUGGUAUCUCAGAGUUACUCAAAGAAUCUCAAAAUGGAUGGUUCAAGUUAUUGACUGCUGAAGAAGGAGAGUUUUAUAACAUUCCCAUAAAUGAUGACAUUGGCCAAGCAAUGGCGGAACUUUCUAAAAAAUACAAGUUUAAAUCUGACAAAGAAAAAGAAAAGAAUCAUGAACAAUCAUCGAAAAUCAACAGCAAUCAAUCCAACAACAAUAUCAAUAAACGUUAUACUAUGGACGAUUUUAAUUUUCUCAAAGUUUUGGGUAAAGGCAGUUUUGGUAAGGUGAUGCUUGCAGAACUGAAAACGUCCAAAGACGUAUUUGCAAUUAAAGUUUUAAAAAAAGAUGUCAUUGUACAAGGAAAUGAUGUGGAAUGCACCUUGAUUGAGAAACGUGUGUUAGCAUUGGAAAGGAAACCACCAUUUCUUACAAAUCUUUUUUGUUGUUUUCAAACAAUGGAUCGUUUGUUCUUUGUCAUGGAAUAUAUAAAUGGUGGCGAUCUCAUGUUUCAUAUUCAAGAAUCAGGGAAAUUUAAAGAACCACGUGCUGCCUUUUACGCAGCCGAAAUUGUUCUUGGUUUGUUGCACUUACACGGAAGGGGAAUAAUUUACAGAGAUCUUAAACUUGACAACGUCAUGUUGGAUUGUGAUGGUCAUAUUAAAAUUGCUGAUUUUGGAAUGUGUAAAGAUGAUAUGUUUCAUCCAAAUAAAACAAAGACAUUUUGUGGAACUCCUGAUUAUAUCGCACCAGAGAUCAUCGCGUAUCAAGCCUAUUCGUUUGCUGUGGAUUGGUGGGCACUGGGAGUGUUGAUCUUUGAAAUGCUGGUUGGCCAGCCUCCAUUUGAUGGUGAUGAUGAAGAUGAGCUUUUCAACUCAAUAUUAGAACACAAUGUUUCAUGUCCGAAAUCGAUUUCGAAAGAAGGAGCGUCUAUUAUUAAAGCGUUUUUGACGAAACAUCCGGACAGACGACUUGGCUCUGGUCCAAACACGGAACGAAAUAUUAAGGACCACUCUUUUUUCCGUCAUACUGAUUGGAGGAAAUUGGAAAAUCGAGAAAUCCAGCCACCAUUUAAACCAAAAAUUAAAUCAAAACGUUCAUUUGACAAUUUUGAUUCGGAGUUCACCGACGAAACGACGAGACUUACUCCUUGCGAUAAAUCGUUCAUUGCUAACAUCAAUCAAAUGGAAUUUGCUGGAUUUUCGUAUGUUAAUAAUGAAUAUUCUCACCAAUAAUCUUCAAGUUUUAUGUGUAUAUAUUAUUGCACAUAUUUUGGUGAGUACUAAUGGAAAAUUUAUUACAUACACACAUCCUUCGAUGUAUAAAAACAUUCACUAGAAUAUGCAAUUGUUGGUUAUGCUGCAUUCUACCUACUCUAUAAUUGGAUGUAGAAUUUAUCGACUGUAAAUCAAAUGGUCACCUCUAAGUGUUUUGAGGUGGUGAAAAACAAUGAAUUUAGUCAACUGCUAGGAUAUAAAAUUGAUUUUAAAUGGGAUGAUUUUGGAUAAUGUUGAUAAAUUUACUGUUCUUAGAUGCUCUAUAUUCAUAUCAAUAUGUAGAUAUUUCGCAUCAUUUAGUUAUAAGUACGGCAGUUAAUAUUUCACGAAUAAUAAAACUUAGCGCCAUCUUUAGGGUACGCAUUAUUAUAUGUCAAUUAAUUUAUUGUAGUUUGUUGACAGACAGAUUAGUAUUAUGCAUUAGUGACUAAAAAUAACUUUAGAAUGAAUAUUUUAAAAAUAGUUCAUGAAAAAAUAAUGAAAUAUCAUUAGUAAUGUCAGGUAGAUAAUUAUAAGAAAUGCUUGUGUUUUUUAAAUUAAAAUAUGAAUAUUGUA